GAUCCCGGAGGCGCGCGGGCGGCGGGGCAGGGAGGGCGGCCGGGAGGGCAGCGGCCCCGGCCCGCGUCUGCGCCCCUCGCUAUCCCGCGACCCCGGCGCUGGUGCCUGGGGCCCCCCUUGCGUGCCGCCAUGGUGGGCCGGCUGAGCCUGCAGGAUGUGCCCGAGCUCGUGGACGCGAAGAAGAAGGGCGACGGCGCCCUGGACAGCCCGGACUCGGGGCUGCCCCCCAGCCCCAGCCCCAGCCACUGGGGGCUCGCGGCGGCCGGGGGCGGCGGAGGCGGCGGGGAGCGCGCCCCGGCACCGGGGGCGCUGGAGCCGGACGCGGCGGCGACCCCCGCGGCUCAGAGUCCAGCGUCUCUGCCCCUGACUCCCGGCUGUGUGCUGAGGCUGUGUCCCCUGUCCUUUGGCGAAGGAGUGGAAUUUGACCCCUUACCACCAAAGGAAGUAAGGUACACCUCCUCGGUCAAGUACGAGUCUGAGCGGCACUUCAUCGAUGACGUGCAGCUGCCCCUGGGCCUGGCCAUGGCCUCUUGCAGCCAGACGGUCACCUGCAUCCCCAACGGCACCUGGCGCAGCUACAAGGCCGAGGUGCGCUUCGAGCCACGCCACAGGCCCACGCGCUUCCUCAGCACCACCAUCGUCUACCCCAAGUACCCCAAGACCGUCUACACCACCACCCUGGACUACAACUGUCGCAAGACGAUGCGGAGGUUUCUGUCCAGCGUGGAGCUCGAAGCCACGGAGCUGCUGGGCGGCGACGACCUCUCCGACGAACGCUGACUCGGCUGGGCUGGGGUCGGACUGGCUGCUCCGCUGUCCUGCCCCCGACUGCCCUGGCCAAGCCGGGCGACCUUACCCUUCAUGUCAUUCCAGCCCCAGAGGAGUCUAACCUAGAGACACCUCCAAGCCCGGCCAGGGGAAGGGAAAGAAAAAAAAAUCACUGCCUCUCAUAAUUAUUGAGAUCUUUGUGUUGUAAUGUUUAAGCUGUUUUUAGAGGGAGUAUAUGUCCUGGUUUGCUGCUGUGUUGGUUCCCCAAAGUCUCAAUCAGGUGAGGCAACAAAAAGACCACCAGAACCACAGGAAAAGCAGCAGCAAUCUGGGGCUCUCCCUCCACGGCCAGUUUGUCCGAAGAAGAGGGUGGAAAAAGUGAGAUUUUAGAAAUUUCAGCCACGGGUGUCUUCACCGCGCAAAAGUGGUGCUAAUUCAGUAAACGGUGACACCUGCGUGGGUUCAAGCUGUGGAGGGUUGAGUUCCGUUCCUUUGUUUUUAAAUUUCUGUCUCCGUUUGUGUUUCCUGUUAACCUAAACUCUUGUAAUUCUCUAAAUCUUUUUUCAUGAUAUCAAAAAAAAAAAAAAAAAUUCCUAAACCACAAUGUAA